GCAGCCCAAACUCCAAAGGAUGAUACACUUUAGAAAUCAUUAGGCUCAAAUCAACAUUGUCAAUCACAAUGUGUUCCCAAAAUGGACAAAUAGCAGAAGAAUCCAAUCCAAAAAUCCAAACCACCUACCAAUUCUCAUUUCCCUUUCUAUUUCACUGCCUCUUCGUUCCACACUCUCACACACCCAGUCAUGGCCACCUCGUCAGAUCAGAUCUUCUUCAACAACUGCCUCCUCUGCCUCUACCUCAUAGGCCCUCCCACCUUCAUCUCCCUCAGAUUCCUCCAAGCCCCCUACGGCAAGCACAACCGGCCAGGGUGGGGCCCCACCAUCUCUCCGCCGUUGGCUUGGUUCCUCAUGGAAUCACCAACCCUGUGGCUCACUCUACUCCUCUUCCCCUACGGCCAACACAGCACCAACCCCCAAGCCUUAAUUCUAAUAACCCUCUUUCUCUUGCACUAUAUCAACCGAGCCUGCCUCUACCCACUUCGCCUCUACCGGAAUACCAUCCGGAAAACCGCCCCCGGUUUUCCGGUCAGCGUGGCGUUGAUGGCAUUUGUGUUCAAUUUAUUGAAUGCUUACUUGCAGUCCAGAUGGGUGUCUCACUACAAGGACUAUGAGGGUGAUCAUCAUGGGUUGUUUUGGCUGAGGUUUUGUGUUGGGUUGGUUGUGUUUUUGGGUGGGAUGAGUGUGAAUGUUUGGUCUGAUAGGGUUUUAGUGGGGUUGAAAAAAGAGGGCGGAGGGUAUAAGAUCCCUAGGGGAGGGUGGUUUGAGUUGGUGAGCUGCCCUAACUACUUUGGGGAAAUAGUGGAGUGGGUAGGUUGGGCAGUGAUGGCUUGGUCUUGGGCAGGACUGGGGUUUUUGCUUUACACGUGCGCUAACUUGGUUCCGAGGGCACGUGCGAACCAUAGGUGGUAUUUGGAGAAGUUUGGGGAGGAUUAUCCAAAGUCCAGAAAAGCUGUUAUUCCAUUCUUGUAUUGAAAAGCUUGAGGUUGAAGGCAAAGCAUUUUGUUUCUGACUUGUUAUUUGUUUUUGUU